GUUUUUUGACUUGUUCUGGAAAACACCGACUCAUCGGCGUAUGCGCAUGCAAAUACACUAAACGAGACUUUUGCAGUUUUACAUUUAGUAACUUGGGUAUGCGGUGAUUUUGAAAGAUUGCCGUUUUUUGCCCUUUUUAGACCAGCAGAUGAAUAAGCGAGCAUUUACACGCUCAUGAACAUCCCUUGGCUGGUUAAAAAACACCAAAGUGAUAUCAACUUCGCUCUGCAUAUAUCACAUAUACAUCUGAUACAUAUCACAUCACUCACUCAAAAAACCUCAGUUUCAACACCCCCCCCCAAAGUCUUUGUUAAUAAUAAUUAACAGUAUGUACCCAAAUCGGGCGGAAAAGAGAUGAGAGAAGAGUAAAGAAAUUAGCAGCGGUAGUCAAAGUAUCGAUACUAUUAGUAUGGGGCAUUAUUAUUCGGACCCAAGCAAUACAGAGCAAGAGCAAAAGUAGCAAGAUACAAGAUACAAUAUAUUCGGCAAGGGUACUGGAACACAUAUCCGCCACAAAACCGAUCGGGUCAUGUCGUCGUCGCCGCCUUUCCAUCAAUCACCGCCACCCCAUGCACACAUGCAGCACCAAAUCGUGUGGUGGGCAUAUGAGAUCCUCGCCUGACUCUGAUCUGGGGGCGCCCCUUUGAUGGGCGGCUAAUGCAUAGCGAGUGUUCAAAAGUGCGGACGGGGCAAGGGAUGUUGCGCGAUAUCCGAUCGGUGUGCAUAUGAACAGAGACAACGAGAGGCAAAGGCAACAGAGAGACAAUCGCGAGGCUUUGGCUGCGCGGGGAUGGGGAGGCUUACAAACGCAAGUUGACGACAUAGAAAUUGGACAGGGCCGCCUCGUUGCUGCAAACAGAAGCGGAUCAAAGACAGCGGUGUUCAAAACAGAGUAUCAAAGUGGAUAACAGAGACAGGAUAGGACAAGUCGCCAGACCAGGGUGUCGAAGCCAGGGUUGACCUGUCCGCCAUAUCACUCUUUCGUGACGAGACAUUUGGCGGCAUCUACACCGUAACUGCCAACAUUCCCGGUCACCCGCUCUUUUCUUGGUGUCCAACGGUUAUCGGAAUCUGCUUCUGUGGCGGCCCAAGCAUGGCAAGGCUUAACGGUUUGUCUCCAAGCAGCCACAUCGCAACCCAACCAUCCCACCUCUUUUCAUGUGACCUAGUCCCAGGGAAUUCCCCUCAUAAACCCGCACCCAGAGACCAUCCCAGGUCUCCUUGUACCAAGACGGUGGAAGAAGAAAGAAAGAAAAAACACCCAG